AAAUAUAAAAAGAGAAAAAGGAAAGGAAAAAAAAACAAUAAAAUUCCAUUGACAGAUUUGUGGUUCGCCAUUUUCUCUGGAAAUGCAACAAAAGGUACAUUACGUUUGGCAAUCAAGUUUUUGCUUGAUUGUUUGGCAUCUCCAUGUAACUAGAUUGUAGAGCUGAACGUCUUUCUGGUUUCAAUGGGCGUACAGAAGAUUUGUCAUUGGAAAUCAGGGGUUAGUAUUUGCCAUGGUCAGAUUCCUGGCUUAUUAAAAGGUCAGGGCAAGGGAAAGGAAGAUAACCCUGUCUAUGGGCCAGACUCAGGUAAUGAUCUUGAUGACUGUGACUUCCAGGGAAUUAGCUGUGAGCUUGGCAUGGUGGAAGGUCAGAUUUGCAGCAUACCGUAUGAACUUUUUGAUCUACCAGGUUUGAGGGAGAUAUUAUCGUUGGACACAUGGAACUCAUGCUUGACGGAGGAAGAAAGGUUCUCUUUAUCAGCCUACCUUCCUGAUAUGGACGAAUGGACUUUUUGGUUAACUAUGAAAGAGCUCUUCACAGGUAGUGAUAUGUAUUUUGGGAAUCCCAUGGAUACAUUUUUCAAAAGAUUGAAGGGUGGAUUUUAUUCUCCAAAGAUUACUUGUCUUAGAGAAUCCUUGCAGUUUCUUGAGAGAAGAAGAUAUUACCAUGCAUUAAGAUCCUAUCAUGACAAAAUGGCACAAAUGUUAAUAGAAAUGAGAAGGUUGUGGGAUGAAUGUGAUACGAGUGCUGGUGUUGAAGAAAGACUUUACAUGUGGAGAACGAGGAAAUGCGAGGAUGCCAAUUUGCUUGACCUUAAUGCAGUUCCUCAUGAUGGAUAUCUGUUAAAUGAGGAUCUUAACUCAGAUGCAGUCAUGCGUCAUUUACCAAAGAGAAUGAAGUCUUGGGAAAGUGUUAGAGCAAAAAACAUUGUUGCUAGUCCAUCUGCCAAUGGAAUGAACAUUAUUGCCCCCAACUGCAGCACAAAGGGUGUUCUGAAUGUUAAGACUUCUGGCAAUGCGAUUCACAAUCACAAUCAAAAGAUGGUUGUAGGUGACAUAACGGAACAACGUCGAUCAGUACCAAAGGGCCUGCUGAAAGUAGUUCCCAAAGUUCCUUCUGUCCUACCACUAGUAUCAAAAGUGUUCUCAAGAAGGUCACAAACAGCAUUGCUUGUUGGUGCCCAAGAUUUACAGGACCAUAGAGUAUCUUAUUCGCAAGCAUCUACACACUUGGGAAAUGCAGGUGAUUUUAGUGGGUCACCGUUUCUAUGGCAGAAGGUUGCUGGUAGCAAAAUGAACCAUGAGCAAUCUCAGUGUAUGUUAAAUCGUCAAGAUAGCGCUUUAAGAAACAGUAGAUAUUUACAUAACUCCAGUGAAAAUGUAAGGAAGGAAGUUGACAUUGCCGAUUUAGAUAAACAUAAAUUGUUUGAACAAGAUGAGGAAAGCUUCAUUGAUUCAAAGAGAUUCAAAUUUGGUGGUCAUAAUUUGUGGCAGAACUUUGCCAUGGGAAAGAAAGGAUUUUUUGAGAGAUCCUUGGAAUCAUACCCAUUUUCUGACCAAUACCAUGAAGGAGAGAGGCAGACCAGAAUCUUGCAAAAAGAGUGCAUCACCAUUCUUCCAACAGUUCCUGAAGCAGUCUUAAGAGAUUCGGGAAUUAGGGGUGGCAUGCAGGAAAAGUUAAUGGCUUUUCCCAACCAAAUGAAGAGCCCAAGUGAUUUUACUGUUGAAAAUUCAGAGAAGCCAAGUAAACCCAGUGUUUCAGAGAGGCUCAAGUAUGAUCUCGCCCUUCCUUUGACAUACAAGCGAAGAAGGCCUCAAGCCAAAAACUCAUCAGGCGUCACCAACUCACUAAUAACAGGUACUAAUUUAAGAUCUGGUAGUCCUAAAGAAUCAAAUCAACCUUUGGGGGAGAGUGUGAAGGCAUUGAAGAUAAAAUUCAUGGGUUGGGAAAAUACUCCUUUGAACGGGGAAUCUUGAACGGUAUGUCAAGGACAAAAGUUUAGUUAGCUCCUUCAUAGUAUAAAAGCCUGCCACAUAUUGUGGUGAAAUCACUCCUCUGUUAUAGGCUUCGUCUAUCUGCAUAAAAUCAGUAUAUAUUGCAGAAAGAAAGUUCUUAUUAUCAAGUCAGAAUGUUAUCAACUUUUCUCCGUAUUGUCAAUCAAGUAAGAGUACUAUAAUCUGCUGACUUCCUUUGCAUUUCCAUUAUCCACUGGUACGCACCAUAGAUUAAAUGGUUAAGUUUUUUUUAUAACCUUAGAAAAAAAAAGGUAAGGAAUUGGUGACUUUGCCGUAUUGGGAUGAAAGGUUUUAGGAUCAAAUUCCA